GGUUAUUCUGUAGAUGUGAAAGAGUCCAAACAAUCGUUGCUUUUUCCGGUCAAUUUACUUUUACUUUGCCGGGAAAUUAGAUCCUAUUCAAGAUUCUAUCCGCUUUUGCUUCGCACGUUAUCUUCUUCUAUUUGCUUGCUUAAGCUAUAGCUGAUUUGCGACACUCAAAAAAUCAAGAUCCCCAGUCCCCACACACCCAUCAGUAACAAUGUCUACUCAAACUUUCGGCGGAUUAGAACUCCGACCCUUGGGCAAUACUGGCCUGAAGGUUAGCUCUGUCGGGUUUGGUGCCUCCCCGCUUGGGAAUGUUUUUGGAAAUGUGUCCGAAGAAGCAGCUUUUGCCGCCGUCCGACAUGCCUUUCGCCUGGGGAUCAACUUUUUCGACACUUCCCCGUACUAUGGAGGGACAUUAUCAGAGAAAGUAUUGGGGAAGGCUCUGAAGGCACUUGGGGUACCUAGAGAUCAGUAUAUUGUGUCCACAAAGUGUGGAAGGUACAAGGAGGGCUUUGAUUUUAGUGCUGAAAGAGUGACUCGAAGUAUUGACGAGAGCUUGGAGAGGCUCCAGCUUGAUUAUGUUGAUAUACUACAUUGUCAUGACAUCGAAUUUGGCUCUCUUGAUCAGAUUGUUAAUGAGACACUUCCUGCCCUCCUAAAAUUAAAGGAAACCGGGAAAAUUCGUUUCAUUGGUAUAACCGGACUUCCGUUGCACAUUUUCACUUAUGUGCUUGAUCGGGUCCCUCCAGGUACAGUUGAUGUAAUUCUGUCAUAUUGCCACUACAGCAUAAAUGAUUCAACGUUGGAGGAUCUAUUGCCUUACUUGAAGAGCAAGGGUGUGGGAGUGAUCAGUGCUUCUCCUCUGGCAAUGGGACUCCUUACCGAGAUUGGACCACCAGAGUGGCACCCUGCAUCACCAGAAAUCAAGGCUGCAUGCCAAGCUGCCGCUGCUUUUUGCAAAGAAAAGGGGAAGAAUAUCUCAAAGAUAGCUCUGCAAUACAGCUUGUCUAAUAAAGACAUUUCUACUAUACUAGUUGGAAUGCUAUCUGUUGGACAGGUCGAAGAAAAUGUAGCAGCUGCAACAGAAAUUGCAAUAUUCGGAAAGGAUGAGGAAACCCUAUCAGCGGUUUCAGACAUUCUUAAACCAGUGAAGAACGAGACAUGGCCUAGUGGGAUACAACAAAGUUGAUAAAUAUUUGUUCCUGUUCAACAGUUUCUACCAUGAGCCAUUGCUGCUGAAGUGUGUGCUGUGCUUGUCUGCUUUUCUCAUCUUCUUUAAGUUUUAUUGUUCUGCAAAUAUGAUAUUCGAAAAUAAUGUUUCCCAACUGAAAAUAAAUGUGAUUCUAAUGCAAUGUGAUGGCUUUGAACCUCUGGACUUGCCUCCUGCAAUGGGUGAAAAGGGCUUAAACAGCCAUCCAUGGAACUUCAAGAUUGUGAAAUAAAAAAGUUUUCCUUUUGGUA